UCUGCCUUUAAGGGGAUGCCGUCCACUCGGAGACAUACGCUUGGGACACUAGUCGCCGAUAUAGUGUUUUAAGUAACGUUCAUAGGAGGUCCACCACUCGAAUGAAAUAUCGAAUUACCAGAUUUCACGUACUCACAUUUUACCUAAGAUCAAUAAACAAGCUAAUAUGCGAGCAACAGUUGUAACUUGUCCAACUGUAUCAUUCGGAAAUGAAUGUACAUCUAAACUUGAACAAUACCCCCGCCUAUAGCAUAGUGACAACUAUACAUUUCUGAUAAAGAACCAGACUUAUUUACUAUAAAUGUAACCUGCGGGCAGUCUAACGAACUGUUCGUUUUUCUUUAUCGAUAAAUAUGUUAUCUGCCAUUGUAAAAGAGCAUCAAAGUAAACAGGCGGCAAGGAAAGAGAGGCAAGAACAGAAGAGAAAAGAUGCUGUUCAAGCUGCGAGCAACUUGACGCAAGCUUUGGUUGAUCAUUUAAAUGUAGGGGUGGCCCAGGCAUAUCUUAAUCAGAAGAAACUGGAUGCAGAAGCUAAACAGUUGCAACACAGUGCAACAAAUUUUGCUAAACAGACACAGUCCUGGUUGAAUUUGGUGGAAUCAUUUUCAAGCGCGCUCAAAGAAAUUGGGGAUGCUGAAAAUUGGGCACGUAGCAUAGAGGGAGACAUGAGGACUAUAGCAACAGCAUUGGAGUACUCUUAUAAAGCAACCCAAGAAACUCCAGGAACAAGUGCUACAUAAACAUAUCUUGCGGUGCAAUAAUAUGACCAAACUGCUAUAUUUUUAUUUAAGAAAUCCUAGAUAUAAGAAUUAUUAUGCAUUGUUGUAAAAAAUCUUAUUUUGUGUUUAUAUAAAUAUUUGUUGAAAUAAAACU